AUGCUGUUCGAAGCUAACAUCGGCACGUCCGACAUCGUCCACGGCGGCCAUGGCGACAAAGAGGCAGCCACGCAACAGCAGCAGCCACCCGCACUCUCUGUGGUCGAAGAGCAUGUGCAGUGCAUACGGCUGGAGCUGUGUGGGCAGCGCCACCCACCCAGUGGGUACGCGGCAAGCGUCACAAUCCCCUCCACCGUUGCUGGACUGACUCGUGUUGCGGUACUGGCUGAUCUUCUAGACCAGGUGUACUACUGGGCCAUCGAAGAGGCCUCCACCUUCAGGGGCGAGCCGAGUCGUCUCGCAGAGACGGAGGCUCCUGAGGCAGUUAUCGCCUGCCUGUGUAGCCAGCGGCCGCAGCUCGUGGCACAGGCACUCCGUGUGGUGCAGCCCAUGCUGGAACACCGCCAAACCGCAUCCGAGACACGUCGUGUGAUGGCCGCCCUCUGGGCGUACCGGGAGCGGCUCAACUCAGUGGCCUCGCUGCCGGAGGGAGCCGACCCGCUGCUUGCCGUGCUGGCGGAGGUCUUAGAGCAGCACAAGGGCGUGGUGCCGGUGCUUGUCGAGGCGCUCUCCACCGUGACCGCAGCACUCGUGCAGGAGAGGGCAGCGCGUACGAGCAGCGACGAGGCCAGCGGUGAUGGUUUGGGCGGCAACAUGUCGCAGCGCCAUCGCAUUGCGCCGCUGGUGGUCGCCCUUCAUGAAACCGCUUUAGUGCACCAGAUGGUGUCUGCUAUGCGGCGCUACCCAGACGCGGUGCCGCUGCAGGCAGAGGGCGUCUCUCUCUGUGCCGCGUUGGUGGACCUCCCGUGGACCUUUGAGGAAGAGGUCGGUGAAGACGAGACUCCCACAUCCCUAGCUGACAUUGUGGCCCACAGCGACGGCGUGCUUGAUGUGCUGCAGGGCGCCCUUCGCCGCCACCGUCAACACCUGGGCAUCUGCCGCGGUGUGAUGCACGUGUGGCGUGUGUGCGCGCAGCACCAAAGAAAUCGAAUACCGCUUCUUGAGCACGGUGCGUACGCCGAUGCACUGAAACACUUGCGUGAGAUGGGGCCGUACACGGUGGACGUGUGGCGGGAAAUCGCGGAGACCGUCGGCUACUUCACCCCAUUGCUGGAUGCCCUUCAGCGCCGCUCAUUAGCUCUGUCGCUGCGCGAGCUGCUGCAGAACCGCCCGCAGCUUGAGAUACUGGAACUCGUUUUGGCACUGCUGCUGUCUCUGCUAAUGGUGGUGGACAGUGGAUACCAUGGCGGGGGUGGCAAGAGUGGUGGCGCGUUCAACACGUACGCCAUGUACCCUCAGCCUCCCGCAGCCGCGUCGUCACUCAACGCCGCCGACAUUGCCGGUGCGCCACAGCACCGUAGAAAGAAGGCCCUACUGUGUCUCAGCCCACUUCAGUGGCAUCCCACGCGAGACCACCAACACAGCGGCGCAUCGGCUGCGGACAGGGACACGUGGCACUUCCUACUAAAGUGCUGUGCGAUGCCGCAGUUAGUGAGUGGACUGCUCGAGUACUUCGGUAGCUGCGAGGUGGUGGACGAGGAGGACGCCUCCGACGUGGACCGUGUGUGCAGCUUAGCUGAAGCGGUCCUCAGCUUCUUCUGA